AUGAAUUUGCAAAGAUACUAUGGAAAGCACAAGCCAAUGUGUGCAAUUUGCUCUCAAAAGGGGCUUCUAUUAUGCUGUGACUAUUGCUCGCUUGCAUACCACCCUGAGUGUCUGUCUCCUCCCCUCAAGUCGCAACCUCAAGAUUUCUGGGCAUGUCCUCGGUGUGAGUACCAUGCCAAAAGUAGCUUCUCGAUUCACUCUUUCCAGUUAGCUGCAAAUACAACGGGUCCAAGUUCCAUCGAUCCGCCGAUCACCUCGAAGCUCCGCGUUGGCUCUGCCUUUCAGUUGAAACAGACGCAUUCUCGGUUUUUUCCGCGUUUCUAG